AUGGCUUCAACUUCAACACCCCUUUUAGCCCUUCGCGAAGUAGCAUAUGCGCUCGAUGUACCCAUCAACUCCAUCGACUUGCAAAAGGGACUCCUAGACAAUGGCGGCACAUCCCUCUCCCUUAUUCGACUUCACUACGCCCUCAAAGCCAUCGGUAUCAACCUUACGCUAGAAUACAUGGUUUCCGUCAGAAGCCUCACGCAGUUGCUCGAGCGUGCAAACCAGGAAUGUGCGUUGCCUCGGCAAGAUUAUUCUCAAGACUUCAAACGCAGGACACUGGAAAGUACAGAACCCACGCCGAAGCGAAGAAGCAGUGCCACGUUCGAUGCACCGUCCAGAAACGCUCACGAAGACGCUCUCCGAUACCCAAUGACGGAGAUGCAGCUUGCUCUUCUACAAGCGAGUUUAAGAACUCCUGGGACAAAUAUCAUCUGCUACCACGAAACUCAUCGACCGGAAAACCUCGCGGCUCUCAAGAAAUGCUGGGCGACUGUCAUCCGUUCUGUGCCCCUCCUCAGCAGUACUUAUGAGCUGCGAGGACCCGAGGCAUAUAUCGUCGAAGCACAACGUCAGUUACUGGACUGGUAUGAAGAGAUCGAAAAACAAAGUCUGGAAGGUGCCUGUUUUGGGAGUAGCUUUCGGGUUGUUACGCUGAAGCCCGAAGAUGGCAAAUCGGGAAAGAGCAGAGUUAUCUGGAGAGUGCAUCACGCACUGGUCGACGGAUAUUCGCACGGAUUGCUGCUGUCGAAGCUCCAGAAGGCUUUUGUCAGAGAACCAGUCGGACCAAGCGUGCCGUUCGUUCGAUUCACCUCCGGUUUGCACGCGCUGCAAAGGAGCUCAGAUUCGGUUGGCAAAGCGUAUUGGGCAAGACACCAGACUGAACAUGGAAACGGUACUUCGCAGUUGCUACUACCGGCUCCACUAGCAAAUGCAUCGUCUUCCCAACGCCCGUCUAGCGUUUUCGAAAUUCACAUUGACAAAGACGUGCUGUUGGCGAGCUGUCAGGAGAUUGGAGUAACCUUGCCGACGUUAUAUUAUGCAGCGUGGGCGCUGACUCUGGCCAAGUACAUCGGGUCGGAUGAUAUCUGCUUCGGCACGGUGCUCUGCGGUCGAGCUCUUCCAAUUCCGGGCUGCGCAUCCAUCAUAGGCCCAACAAUCAACACGUUACCAGUCCAUAUCAAACUCGAGCGUAGUUCAACCUUCGCCAACUAUGUGCAGGAAGUGUUCAGGCAGAUUCUGGAACUGAGUUCCGUCCAGUGGACGUCUCUGAAACAUGGCUUUACCCGCGAUUUUCAGACCGCCUUGAACAUACGCGUCGAACCACAAUUCUCGAGGGAGCAUCUGAUUCCAUUGGAGCGGCCGUUCAGCACCAUACGAUCUGAUGUGCCGCUGCAAGUCGAGAUUCUGAGGGGAAAUCUAGAUCUUGUUCGCAUUCACUAUCAUACCGACCGCUUCACGCAAUAUCAGAUUGAGCAGAUUGGCCAAGUAUUUAGGAACGCAGCCUACAUGGUGCGAAAUAUGGCUUCUAGCGUAGAGUCAUGUCUGGCGUCCCUCAUCAGUGACACGCAGCGCUGCGAACUAGGUAUUUUGGGCAACUGGGAUUUCGCCAGCACCGCUGCAAAGUCGAUCAACGAUGAUCUGGUGUCUCUGUUCACCAAUACUGCCUUGGAAACUCCUUCAGGGACCGCAGUCCAACAGGGGCCAGCGAAAAUAACCUAUAGCGAGCUGCACACCAGAUCGUCACUAGUUGCGCGCCGAAUCAGGCACAUUGUCAAGCUCGAGGAUGUGGUCUGUGUACACGCUGAUCGGUCCCUUCACUGGAUUAUCGCAAUCUACGCAGUCCUCAAAGCAGAGGCCGUGUACUGUCCGCUAGCCGAUGACCUGCCGGCCUCAGUCCGAGACAUGAACUUCGCCACUUCUGGAGCCAGUCUUUUCAUCGUAGGAGCAACAGCGGACAAAAACAAGAAACCAGAAUCUUGCGAAAUGUGUAUAGCCAUCGAGGAGCUAAUGCAAGGUCCUCUCCAAGAUCCUGGGGAGGAGGACGACGUUCGGAAAUGGUCAACUACCACUACACCAGAAAGGGGAGCUUACCUUUGCUUUACGUCUGGGUCGACCGGGAAACCAAAAGGAGUCUUGUGUCAGCAUAAAGGCCUCGUCGCUUUCCAACGCAACUUUGAUGUUCGCCUGCGUGCUCGCCCAAAAUGGAAGAUAGCGCAGGUCAUGUCUCCAGCCUUUGACGGCAGCAUUCACGAGAUCUUUUCAGCUUUGAGCUAUGGAGGAACACUGGUUUUGCGAGAGAAUGAAAGAGAGAAGCAGCUGAGCCAUCUGAAGGAAGCCGACGCCGCCAUCCUCACACCUUCAGUAGCAAGAGCGCUAGACAUACACAGUUUCCCAAAUCUAAGGACCGUCUACUUCGUGGGAGAAAUCGUCACGCAGGACUUGUGUGAUACGUGGGCGGCUCGGAAACCCGUUUUCAACAUGUAUGGACCAACUGAAGCGACCUGCGGUGCAACAAUUAAGCAGCUUCUACCGAGCCAGCCUGUUAGCCUCGGUGUGCCAAAUCCCUCUUCUCGGAUCUAUAUCCUUGACAGCCACCAACAGUUGGUUCCGCGAGGGACUAUUGGAGAAAUCUAUCUAGCCGGAGUACAAGUUGCUGUGGGCUAUGUUGGCAGACCAGAGGAAACCGCGGCUCGAUUCUUCCCGGAUUGUGUGAAGCCAGGUCCCGGUGAGCGCAUGUACAAGACUGGGGACAGGGCGUACUGGAAUGAGGAAGGCGAGUUGACUCUUGUUGGCCGUUCGGAUCGGCAAGUCAAGCUGCGCGGAUUUCGCAUCGAUCUAGACGAUCUUGAGAUCCAGAUACUCCGUGCCGGAGGAGCUCGAGAAGUAGCUAUUACCCUCAGCGAUGGCGAUCUUACUGCGUAUGUUCAGCCGAAGAACCUCGAUGUUGCCAGGCUCAAAGAGAACAUGCGUUCGCGGAUUGCGCUGUACGCUCUGCCCCGUUGGAUAGUACCUGUCGAUGUAUUUCCAAUGACACCCGCAGGAAAGCGAGAUUACAAGAGCCUGGAGCAGCGGGUACCUUCACUUCGAACCGAGCCACUCUCCCCAUCGGCUCUUCCGCUGGAGGAAAUGGUCAUUACUGCACUGCGCGAGACGUUGACACUUCCCGUGGACAUUCCGAUCGACCCAUCCUGCGAUUUCUUCGGGCUGGGCGCGUCUUCCGUUUCGUUUCUCUUUCUCUCUCACCGUCUCUCGAAGUCACUGAACCGGAAGGUCCCAUUACAGUUGAUCAUGCAGUGCCAAAGUCCGCGAGACUUAGCUUCGAAACUUACGGGCCUCGAUUCUUCACCCGAAGCUGAGGAUGAGUCAGUCUUGGGCGAGACUAGCAUUUUGCCGAUCGAAAAAGAUUGGUGGCAGAAGUAUCAGCUCGGGGGCGGGUCGUCUGCUUUCAAUGUCAGUUUCGCAUGCAACUUAGGCCGAACAGUCAAUGUUUCAAAACUGGUAUCAGCCUGUGAUACAGUCCUUGCCCACCACCGGAUCUUAAGCUGCAACUAUAGUCUCGGCGAGAACUCCACCCCCCACCGAACAUACCGCACCUCUCCACCAAAAGCAAGGCUUGUCGAUGAAAUCGACUUGGAGGAUGAGACGCACAUCCAGUUCGACUUGAAGAAGGAUUGUCUGCUAAGAGUCGUUGCCUCGCGUACGGUGAUGCUCGUCGUGGCCAGUCACAUCAUCUGCGACUUGACGACACUAAACAUAAUUCUCGACGACAUUGCUGGUGUUUACCUCGGACGGACGUUGAACAUGGUGCGAUGCGAAUAUUCGCAGCUUCGAAGGUCAAAGACUCCCUUAUCAGGCCAGCAAGCAUUCUGGAAAGGCUAUUUAGAGAAUACACGUUCUCUCAGCGCUCUCACAGCGAGAGUGCCAAAAAGAACGACCUGGGCGGGAACUUCCUAUAUAUUCCCGAUCGCGAACCCCGUCCACCAGUCAAUGAAAGCGUACACUGCAGCGGGGAAAGCCACGAUGCAUCAAAUAGCCCUAGCAGCGGUUGCCUUGGUGCUUGAAGUCGACGAAGAGCUAUGCGAUAUCGUGAUCGGGGCUCCAUAUCUAAACCGUACCUCUGAAGAUGAGUUAGAAACCAUCGGUCUCUUCCUCCAACCGCUGCCGAUCCGUAUCAGAUAUCCGGCUUGCAUGGGAAAUUGCGACACGCCGGGCUCAUUCAUCCGGUCCGUCCAGACAGCGAGUCGUGAGGCCCUGUCUCAUGCCUUGCCCUUCGACCAACUCCUAUCGCUUCUGAACAUCCAACCCACCUACCCAGACCACCCCUUAUUCGACGUGAUGGUAACAUUCCACGAAGCCGACCAAGGACCUAGAUUUCCCAUCCCAGACGUUACGCCUCUGUAUACCUGGACACGGGGCGCCAAGUUCAAGCUCAUGGCUGAGUUCUCUACCAUGAGCGACGGCGAGUUGGCACUCAGGCUAGAAUACAGUACCGAGUGUUUCGUAGAAAAUGAGAUCAGGUGCAUGGGGGAAAGAAUCGUGAAGGCACUUCAUGGGUUGGCCACGGGAAAGCCGUUAGUGGAGGUACAGGCAUGCGUUCGACAGGUUGUAUAG